AACUUAGAGUUCUUUGUCUUUGCCAUCAUAACAAAGUCAAAAUGUCUGGGCAUGGCAAGAGCCCGCUUGUUUACCACGCAGACUUUUGACCGCGUUCAAUAAACGGAUAUUGAUACCCAUUUGAAGGAUUCGCAAAAUAGUUCGCAAAAUAGUUUUUCAUUUUUUUUACCUCACUAUUGUUUUUCAACUUAAAGCUUUAAUUCCUUCAACUGAAGAAAAACAUUUUUUCGGAAAUCUGUGGAUAAGAUCCCUUUUACGUCCAGUAGGAGGUCUGUGUUAAGGUGGCCAACAUGGUGUUGAUCCUUGGCAGAAGGCUGAACAGGGAGGAGUCUGAGACAAGAGACUCUCCUGCUGUAAAACGCAAGAUCUUUGAGGUGGACCCCAAAACUCUGAACAGUCAGGACGCCUUCGACUUCAACUGUGGCUCCGUCCACUCGGAGGCCAUCCUGCAGGUGUUCAACGAGUUCCGCGACUGCCGCCUCUUCACCGAUGUGAUCAUCAGCGUGCAGGGCCGCGAGUUCCCUUGCCACCGCGCCGUGCUCUCCGCCUGCUCCUCCUACUUCAGAGCCAUGUUCUGCAACGACCACCGCGAGAGCCGGGAAAUGCUGGUGGAGAUCAACGGCAUCCUGGCCGAGGCGAUGGACUCCUUCCUCAGCUUCGUGUACAGCGGCCGCGCCAAGAUCACCACGGAGAACGUGCAGUUCCUGUUCGAGACCUCCAGCCUGUUCCAGAUCGCCACGCUUCGCGACGCCUGUGCCAAGUUCCUGGAGGACCAGCUGGACCCUUGCAACUGCCUCGGGAUCCAGCGCUUCGCCGACGACCACGCCCUCAAGCACCUCGCCGGCCGCUGCCGCGUCUACGCCCUGGCCAACUUCGCCGAGGUGGCCCAUCACGAGGAGUUCCUGGACCUGCGGCGGGAAGAGCUGGAGGAGUACACGGCCAGCGACGAGCUGGCCGUGGGCAAGGAGGAGAUGGUGUUCGAGGCGGUGAUGCGCUGGGUGUACCACAGCCUGGAGCAGCGGAAGCCCAUGCUCAAGGAGCUGCUGCACCACGUGCGCAUGCCACUGCUGCACCCCAACUACUUUGUGCAGACGGUGGAGGGGGACCACCUCAUUCAGAACGCCCCGGAGUGCUACCAGCUGCUGCACGAGGCCCGACGCUACCACGUGCUGGGCAACGAGAUGAUGUCGCCCAGAACCCGCCCACGCAGGUCUACGGGCUUCUCUGAGGUGAUAGUGGUUGUGGGGGGCUGUGAACGAAUGGGAGGCUUCAACCUGCCCUACACCGAGUGCUACGAUCCGGUCACCGGAGAAUGGAAGUCGAUGGCCAAGCUGCCUGAAUUCACCAAGUCAGAGUACGCUGUAUGCGCCCUCCGCAAUGACAUCCUGGUUUCAGGCGGUCGACUCAACAGCAGGGAUGUGUGGAUGUAUAACUCACAGCUCAACUUCUGGAUCAGAGUGGCCUCCCUCAACAAAGGCCGCUGGAGACACAAGAUGGCCGUCCUACUGGGCAAGGUUUACGCAGUGGGUGGCUACGAUGGCCAGACCCGCCUGACUAGCGCCGAGUGCUACGACUCCUUCUCCAACCGCUGGACGGAGGUGGCCUCCAUGAAGGAGGCGGUCAGCUCCCCGGCAGUGGCCAGCUGUGCGGGGAAGCUCUUCGUCAUCGGGGGAGGUCCGGACGACAACACCUGCUCGGACAAGGUCCAGUGCUAUGAUCCAGAGGAAGACACCUGGAUGCUAAGAGCCAACAUCCCCAUCGCCAAGCGCUGCAUCACGGCCGUGUCCCUCAACAACCUGCUCUAUGUGGCCGGGGGGCUCACCAAGUCCAUCUUCUGCUAUGACCCGGUGGAGGACUACUGGAUGCACGUGGUCCACACCUUUAGCAAAUUGGAGAGCUGUGGCAUGUCUGUGUGCAACGGGAAGCUCUUCAUCCUGGGCGGGCGCGGGGAGAGUGGCGAGGCGUCCGACGGCAUUGUGUGUUAUGACCCCGCCUCCGGCAUCAUCACUGGUGUGGCGGCCAUGCCCCGGCCCAUCUCGUACCACGGCUGUGUCACCAUCCACCGCUACAACGAGAAGUUCCACAAGCCCUGACCCGUAAACAAAUGAACACCACACACAUAAAUACACACACACACACUCGUUACAAAGGACACUCUUUGAGAAAGUUAGCUCAAAGACACACAAGCACUGGUACACACGACGCGAUCACGCCAAUAUGAUAUAUACACAAAGCGGUUCAGAUGUUCGGGUCUUUUCAUAGCUUGAUGUAGCAGCACGCUGGGCGAUGGUGUUACAAGUCAUACUGUUGACUACCCACUUUAUUCCUUAUUCUGUGAUAGGAGCCUUAUUAGUAUUUCUGUAGAACCGCAUCAUUGGUGUUAGACACAAAGAGAAUUAAAAAUAAUCUCAAUGAUUAAGGCUGGUCGAUUAUAAAUUCAAACCUGCUUAAGAGUGACUUUCAAAGUUAGAUGAGCUAAAGUAGGACUUUAUUAAUUUGUAAAUUCUCUGCAUUACUACUUUGAUGUGGUUUUAGUAUAGCACUACCUUUUUCUAUUUGUAGCUGGGAAAAAGUCAUUUAGAUAAUCAGGACAUGGCCAGUUUGCAAGGGUUGCAAGGUUAUGGACAGCUGUAAUUGGUAACUAUGUGAUACUUCAGCAUGACCUAUAAGAAUACAUCACAUAUCUCCAAAAUGGCCUCGAUAACAAUUCCCCAACACUUAAUAUGACCUCUAGGUAAAGACGGGCAAACAGUCUGCAAGCUGUCUGCAAAGAUAAAAUAUGGAGAAAUAAGCUCCCAACAUACAACGUCCCCUCUUCUUGCAUUUCCUGGUGGGGUUUCCUUUGUGCCUCUCAUUUCCUGCGGGCUGGUCAGUGCGGACCAGGGCUACAGUACACACAGAGUCCACUUCCUUCUAUAUCUGGUCGCUAUGGACUCACUCGCCAAUAACCAUGUCGACUUCCUAUGUCUGUUUGUUUUCAGUGAUACUUCCCCUGUAGUUACUCUUCCCCUAAACCAUUAUACUGUUAACGUUAACGACAAGUUAUGUGGUCAUUGUUAACAUUACCAUUACACAAAAUACUGAUCAUUGCUUUUUUAUUAUUAUAAUAUUAAAAGAUGGCUUUUUUAUAACAAAUGUUACUAGGUUGGUAGAGGUUUAGAAAUCCUGUCAAUUGCAUACAGGAUGAUAAAUGGUUGUGUGGGUGAUUUAAUGUUAGAAGCCUUUGCAGAUCAAACUCAAAGACUAUUUUGAUUAAGUGUUUAAGUGAGCUAUUGAUUAAUUUAAUGUGUUUGUGUGUGUUGUGCAUGAGACUUUCGGGUGUUUGGCCAGAAUGUGUAACAGCCAUGGAGAAGUAUCAAAAAUGGUUGCAUUUUUAUAUUGCAUGCUCUGUUAAUUUGUAUACAUCUGCGUGCCUUGUCCGAACCUGAUCAGUUGUCAGCACUUUGCCACUGCA